AUGCCGAAUACUGUGAUAUGGGCUGCAGAUAUUUGUGGCAAAGUAUACACACUUUCUACAGAUGGACAGCAGUGGGAACUAUGUAAAGAUGACCAACAGGAGUUCAAACGCUUAGCUGCUGCACAAGCAUGUUGCUGGGGCAUUGCCUCCAACCAUCAGGUCUAUGUAUAUGUGCACACCAGUGAUCUUCCCAUCCGAUAUCAAGAAGAGACUUAUGAGAAUCAGCGCUGGAAUCCAGUUGAUGGAUUCUGUGAAAAGCUUCUUCCCAGCGAUCGAUGGCAGUGGAGUGAUGUCACUGGUUUGAAACAUCAACAAGCGGACAGUUUCCAGCUCUCCUCACCACACUGGGAAUGGGAGUCCGACUGGUAUGUGGAUGAGAAUAUAGGAGGAGAACCAACAGAAAAAGGGGGCUGGACUUAUGCUAUAGAUUUCCCAGCAACAUACACAAAGGACAAGAAAUGGAAUUCUUGUGUACGUCGAAGGAGGUGGAUCCGAUACAGAAGAUACAAGUCUAGAAAUUCCUGGGCUAAGAUUCCAUCCCACAUGGAUAACAAGCAGCUACCCGACCCUUUAAAUGACAUAUCAGUGGGAGGAUGGGAGAUCACAGAUGAACCGAUUGGACGGUUGUCUGUCUGGACAGUUUCUUUGCAAGGAAAGGUUUGGUACAGAGAAAAUGUUUGCCAUGACAAUCCUGAGGGCUCCUCUUGGUUGGAAAUAGAAACUCCCAGCGAGGUUAUUCAGAUCAGUUGUGGCCCGUAUGACCUCUUGUGGGCUGCUCUUUGGGAAGGCCAAGCAAUUGUGAGAGAAGGUAUCAGCAGGAACUGCCCUAAAGGUAAUUCCUGGACUAUUGUCGAAGCUCCAACACCUGGAGAUGGGAUCAUGCACGUGUCUGUUGGUGUGAACGUGGUAUGGGCUGUGACAAAAGAACGAAAAGUAUGGUUCAGAAGGGGUGUUAACUCACACAACCCCUGUGGCACUAGCUGGAUUGAGAUGGUGGGGGAAAUGGCUAUGUUGAGUGUGGGACUGAAUGAUCAGGUCUGGGGAAUUGGAUAUGAAGACAGAGUAGUGUAUUUCCGCCAAGGAGUCACCCCGAGUGAGCUUAGUGGUAAAAUGUGGAAAGCUAUUGUGGUCAGUCGGGAAAAUGAAAGGUCGAACUCUGGAAGUGUCUCCAGCUUACUAAGUGCUGGCUGUUUUUUCGGAGAUGAAGUCAAAGAUCAGUCUGAUUCCACCAUCCCAUCAGAUGUAGACUCCGAUGCGGAACACACUCUUACACAGGAACUGAAGCUCAACACAUCCGAAGUCAAGGAGGUCACAAUUCCAAUUCCCAACAAACAGACUGAAAAACCAAGCACAGUUCCCUCUACUGACCCCCAUGAAGGAACCAGCCCAAAUACCGAAUCACCCAUUGAACCUUCCCCAAAUUCCACGAUGACCAGGGCUCCCCAGUGGAGCAGUAUUGAUCUGGCAGAGGCUAAAAUUAAUGCACUCCAACCUUCUGAUGACAAACCCAACCUAUCAUUAUUGGAGCCUUUCUCCACAGGAGCUGAGGAACCUUUUGCAAAUGAUUUAUAUCCCUUAUGGACCUGGGUGUCUGGAGGAGGCUGCUUGGUUGAUUCCGUUACUCCCUUGAAAUGGUUCUCUCGUCCAACAGGUUUGUCGGUCAGCAUGCAGUCACUCUCCAUUACCCCAGCCAAUACUGCUGUAUGGAGGAAGCAGAUUUUCGAUCAGCUCAGUGAACGCACCAGGAGAGAGCUUGAUAGCUUUCGACAUUAUGAGCAGGCUGUAGAGCAGCCUGUGUGGGUUAAAACAGGAUCCCUGCAGUGGUGGAGGGAGUGGAAGCCAAAUAAAUGGAUCGAUGUGAGAGUUGCUCUUGAACAGAUGACAGCAACCGAUGGCUCAAGGGACAGCAUCCUCUUCAUAUACUAUACCCACAAUGAGGAAAAGAAGUACAUUCACUUAUUCCUUAAUGAAGUGACCAUUUUGGUGCCAGUUCUAAGUGAAGCUAAACACACCUUUGCCAUCUACACUUCAGAGAGAACAAGGCAGAGGUGGCCCGUUCGGCUAGCUGCUGCUACAGAAGAGGAGAUGCAUGACUGGCUCUGCCUGCUGAAUAUGUCCUGCUGUGAGGGAAGAAAAAUACACGGACCCCCAUCCCAACAGGGGAUUUGGUCUACCACCUGUAAAGGGGAUAUAUUUGUGAGUGACCCAUCCCCAGAUUUGGAGUUCCUUACUAACUCAAGAUCUUGUGACCAAAUGUUCUGGCGUCCGAUAGGAGGACACCUGCGAAUGGUGGAGAGCAGCAGUUGUGGUGUAGUGUGGGGAAUUGGCUAUGACCACACAGCAUGGGUUUACACAGGAGGUUAUGGAGGAGGCUUCAUGCAAGGGUUAGACAGCAGCAAAAAUAACACAUUUCCUCAAAGUGAUACAAAAUGUGUGUACAUAUACGAAAACCAGAGGUGGAAUCCUGUCACUGGAUACAGCAGCAUCGGGCUGUUAACAGACAGAUACAUGUGGAGCGAUGCAAGUGGACUGCAGGAAUGCACAAAGACCAACACAAAGCCUCCCUCUCCACAGUGGUCCUGGGUUUCUGACUGGUACAUAGACUUUAAUGUUUCUGGUGGAACAGAUGGAGAAGGGUGGCAGUACGCAGCAGACUUUCCAGCUUCUUAUCAUGGCUAUAAGACCAUAAAGGAUUUUGUGAGAAGAAGACGCUGGGCAAGAAAAUGUAAAAUCGUGACAAGCGGGCCAUGGCAAGAAGUCCCUCCUAUCUCCUUGCGGGAUGUCUCUAUAUGUCCAAGCAGAGGAGCGAAAGAUGACGAACACAUUUCUGUCUGGGCCAUCAGCAACAAGGGGGAUGUCUUGUGUCGAAUUGGUGCCACUAAACAGAAUCCUGCUGGGACUGCUGGUAUCACAUUCCUUCUCCACAGAAGCAGAAGCUACAGCAAGUCUCUGUGGGCCAAACAUCUGUAUUAG